AUGCGCUAAGUCCACUUCCUGUACCCUUCACAUGGGCCAAGGUUUCAUCACAAUUUUGCGAUCUAGCUGAUGCAAAUAACUGCAAAACAUUCGAUUGCCUAACAGAGUGCAAGAUGGCACAGCGGUUGUUAAGUGGUAUUGGAAAGCUCGGCCUUGGUCUUGCAGUUGCUGGUGGAGUUGUUCAAACAGCACUUUUUAACGUUGAUGGUGGACACAGGGCUGUUAUUUUCGAUCGCUUCCAAGGAGUGAGAGAUGUUGUUGUAGGAGAGGGAACUCACUUUCUCAUUCCAUGGGUACAGAAACCAAUCAUCUUUGAUGUUCGAUCAAGACCCCGCAAUAUUCCAGUUAUCACAGGAAGCAAAGACUUGCAGAAUGUCAACAUCACUUUGAGGAUCCUGUUCCGUCCCCAGGUGGAUCAGCUGCCGAGGCUGUUCUCCAACAUAGGCGUUGACUAUGAUGAGCGAGUCCUCCCAUCCAUUACUAAUGAAGUGUUGAAAGCUGUUGUAGCUCAGUUUGAUGCCAGUGAGAUGAUCACACAGAGAGAGAUAGUAUCACAGAGAGUCAGUGAGGAACUCACAGAACGAGCACACCAGUUCGGAAUGAUACUUGAUGACAUCUCCUUGACACAUUUAACAUUUGGCAAAGAGUUCACUGAAGCUGUUGAGAUGAAGCAGGUUGCCCAGCAGGAUGCCGAGCGAGCCAGAUAUAUUGUAGAGAAGGCUGAACAACAGAAGAAAGCUGCCGUCAUCUCAGCCGAGGGUGAUUCCAGUGCUGCUAAUCUCCUGGCAAAGGCAUUCGGUGAGGCAGGAGAGGGUCUGGUGGAACUGAGGAAGAUAGAAGCUGCAGAAGAUAUUGCCUACCAGCUGUCCCGGACCAGGAACGUCAUCUACCUCCCCAGUGGACAGCAGACUCUCCUGGCUCUGCCCCAGUAAAUGUUGUGACAGACAAAGACUGUGUAUAACAAGAGGUGGACACUGAUGUCAACUUUUUGUGUAUCCCCAGAAGAAUUCUUCAGGAUUCUAGGGACCCCAGGAACAUUUUUGAAAAUAUUUGAUCAUUUAGCCAUCAUGAUGUAGAUUCAUAUUGGAAGGACUUUUUCUCUGGACUUGUUCCAUCACAAAAUCAAAUCAUGUAUUUAGAUGAUUACAUAAUUCUUUCUUUCACUUGUUUCGGUGCAGAUCGAAAAUGUUUCUUAUUAAGAGUAAUAUGUCACGAUGAUAUAGAUUGAAUAUUCAAGAUCUGUUUGUGAUUUUGUAUGAAUUGAACACAUCAGUGUUAGAGUAAGUCAGAGAUGCAUUCUUUAGCCUCUGUAGACUUGAGGUUGAUAAACAUUUUGUAGACAGUGCUGAAAGCAGUGUGUGUGUGUGCCAUGAGUAAUACAAUAACAUUAUACAUACUUGGAAAUAAAUAUAUAUGUAUGUU